GCUCCAUCCACUCUCGCGUCAUCAGUCGUCGUUUUGAGCGACCGGAAGAUAAAAGUGCAGCUUCGUCCUGACUUGAUUCUUCAAUCUCUUUGUUCAUCCACCACCAGCAACAUGUCUGCAGAAGUACCAAAAGAUCUUCCCGAAAUGGAGUACCGCUUUGUUGGCAAGAGUGGUCUCCAAAUUUCUGCCAUAUCUCUUGGGGGCUGGCUUACAUACGGUGGACAUGUUGGCGACGAGAACACAUUCGCGUGUCUCAAAGCCGCCUUCGACGCCGGUAUCAACUUCUUUGAUGCUGCUGAGUCUUACUCCGGGGGCGAAUCCGAGCUCGUCAUGGGGCGGGCCAUCAAGCACUUUGGCUGGAACAGGAACGACAUUGUCGUCUCGACCAAGAUCUACUGGGGCACCCACAACUCCGCCCUCCCCUCCCCCCGCAACAAAAUCAACAACCUCGGCCUGUCCCGCAAGCACCUGAUCGAAGGCACCGAAGCAGCUCUCGCCCGCCUGCAACUCUCCUACGUCGACAUCAUCUACGCCCACCGCCCCGACCGCCGCACCCCUAUCGAAGAAACCGUGCGCGCCUUCAACUUCCUCAUCAACACCGGCAAAGCCCUGUACUGGGGCACCUCGGAAUGGCUCCCCAGCGAAAUCGAAGAAGCCUGGGCCGUCGCCGACCGCCUCGGGCUCAUCGGCCCCGUGGUCGAGCAGCCCGGCUACAGCCUCCUGCGCCGCGACAAAGUCGACGACGAAUUCACCAACGCCAAGCUCUUCGAGCGGCGCGGCCUGGGCCUCACCGUCUUCUCGCCGCUCGCGGGCGGCCUGCUGACGGGCAAGUACGUCGACGGGGUCCCCGACGACAGCCGCCUCAAGACCUCCGAGGACCCGGCGAUUUCAGGCUUGGUGGCGAGUGUCGGCACGCCCGCGUGGGACGAGCAGCAGGACAAGAUCCGCGCGCUGAUCAAGGUUGCGGAGAAGCUGGGCACCGAUGUCGCGACGUUGGCGAUGGCGUGGGUGCUCAGUAAUAAGAACGUGUCGAGUGCGAUUACGGGGGCUAGCAGGCCGGAGCAGAUUUUCCAGACGGUCAGGGCGGUGGGCGUGUAUCGCAAGUUGACGCCCGAGGUACUGGAGGAGAUUGAGGGGAUUUUUAAGAAUAAGCCUGCGGAGGUUACGCAGCGGUUUGGUGUUUAAAGGGGUUUUGGAGGGAGACAUCCUGUCUGUGGCACUUGUUCAUGAUGUACUACUGUAAUGGUCUUGAAUUAGAACCCCGAUGGGCUGUGUAAGAUCAGGUCUCGAACUGCUUAGUCGAAUCAUCU